AUGGCUACGAGAGUGGAAGUAGUCCAUCCAGAAAGUAUUCAUCAAUCAUUUCCCGUUGAAACAUGGACUUUUAAUGAAACAACCGUUGGUGUAUUGUUAGUUAUAUUAUCCUACCUUGCUGUUGUGUUAUGGAUAUUACCACGUUUUAUGAAAUACAGAGAGCCGUACCAACUGACUAAAACUUUAUUAUUCUACAAUGCAUUCCAAGUCGCCUUCUCUGCGUAUGCAGUUUUUCUUUAUACUAAAUACAUGUAUAAAUAUGGUAUUAUAAUUACAAGGUGUCCUAAAGGAGCUGAAUUCCAUGAGGUUAUAUCAGAAAUCUGGCCAUAUUUCAUUGCAAAGCACGUAGAUCUGUUGGAUACAGUGUUUAUCGUAUUGAGAAAAAAAGAUAGACAAGUCACUUUCCUGCACGUUUUUCACCACGCUCUCAUGAUUACAUGGGUAUGGUACUGCUUAAUGUACCAUCUUACAGACCAUUUUGUGGCAGUGGCAUUUGCUAACAGUUUCGUCCAUGUUUUAAUGUAUGCGUACUAUGGAAUAUCGUCGUUAGGACCCAAGUACUCGAAAUUUAUAUGGUGGAAGAAGCAUUUGACAAAAGUUCAACUGGUAAGUUUCAAUAAA